CUAUGAUAUGAUCACUAAACCAAUAUGAGCAGUAUUUAAAGUGAUGCCUGAGCAAAAACCACAAUAAUUUAACAUUCUGGAAAAAUGAAUUCUUCUAAUAAGAAAUAAUUGAAGUAAAUUAAAAGUGUUGUGAAAAUAAAUAUGGCAUCUCUUUGUAAACGAGAUUUGGAGCAGAUGUUGGUGUGAACAUUAGUUUCAUCGGCUCAGACUGAGUCAGAAUGUGUGUUAAUCUGCAUACUAACGAACAGUCACUGCAGGCUCAUCAAGCAUGACUCAGGGAUUUAAACAUCCAUAAUAGACCUUUAUAAACCUUACAAAGCACUCUGUCUUUCAGCUUCUUCUGUAAAUGUGUAUAGAUGUAUAUUUAUUUUUAUACACCCAAAGAGAAGUCCAUUAACACUGUUGCUUAGGCAACGGAUCCUUUUAUAUCCAACCUGACAGGAGAAGAAAACAAACCCGUGUUUUUACCACCGAGUAAUUCUUGUCAUCAAAUUAGUGCAUCUCUCUCCCCUCCUGGCUGAGAAAAGAGGAGGUGAUUGUGAAUGGACCCAUAGCAGCAUCGCCGCUCUCAGAUGGCUGUUUCCGUAGCAACACGCGGAGGGCGAAGGUAUAAAAACACAGACAGUUUCUCAAGUGAGACUCAGAAACUCUGAGCUGCCUGCGAAUAACCACAACAAACUAACUCCAGAUCAUGAUGCUGAGGCCGAAGGACUUGUGUCAGGGAUCUGGCACCAAAACUUUCCUGGAAGCCAUGCAGAGCGGGAAAGUCCACUUGGCUCGGUUCGUCCUGGACGCGUUGGACGGGCGCAUCAUCAACGGGAAAGCCGAAAACGGGCGUACGCUUCUAAUGCACGCCGUGUGCCUCCAAGAGCACGCAACAAGAUCCAAAUUCACCCAAUUGCUUCUGGAAAAAGGUGCAGAUGUGUCCGCCCGGGAUGACCAUGGACGCACGGCCUUGAGUCUCGCAUGUGAACACGGACACUUAGAUUCUGUGAAGCUCCUGGUGCAAUUCAACGCUGAUCCAGAGCUCACGGACACGUGGGGAAACAGUGCCCUCAUGUACGCCGCAUGCGGAGGACACAGCCAAGUCUUGGAGUUCCUAAUCCGGGCGUUCAAGAAGCUCGGUUUGCGACUGGAUCGCACAAAUCACGCCGGCCACUCGGCCAUCCAAGUUGCUGAUUUCUUCGGGCACAACCAGUGCGUUCAAACCCUCAACGCUUGCAGAAAGAAGACGGUGAGUCCAACGAACAGCACUGGAGGACCCGCCGAAGAACUGCGGAGGCCCAAUCGCCUCCCGAAGCAGGUUUUGGAGAGGUUCUCCAAACAAAUCCAAAGCAAACACGAGGAAAUCCUCCCAGCCUUGUUUCAGAGACAGCUGCGUGUCUGCGACAGCAACGGCCUGCGGAUCCGCUUCAGACGUCCAGACGCCAACCAAAGCCUCAUCAGAUCCAACGACGGACCGGAUCUACUGUUCGCUUCGAAACAGAUCCAAAACUUGGUGUUGAAAGAAACUGGAAGCACUAUAAGUGCAGAACGCGAGACGGAUGGCGACGCGCCGCUUUGGGGGAAAACCCACUCAUUUAAUCUUGACCUCAGAACUGGAAGAAAACAAUCCUAUCAGGGCGACGUGCACGAAAUCAACAGAUCUGCAAGCAAAUUCAAAAGAGCGUCGCUGCAAGACGAAAAACCUCUUGUGGCGAAAUUCUACAGCACGACUGGCGCUGACGACUUUGAGAUCAGAAAAGAUGUGCAAAAGUGCGGCAGCAUUCCCAAAACGACCAGGCAGAGCAAACUUCUGUUCAAUCGUGAAGAACUCGAACCUGAAAGGAUCAAACCUCGCUCUUCUGGGCUCUCUGGAUUCGGGAACAGACUCCUGCGCAGAUUCACGGCUCCUGAAUUCAUGCGACACAUCACAGACUCUCCCAGAGACGCCGGACACGGUAAAGGGAAGAUGUCCCGGUCCGAGACCUUCCCGUUCUCACACACACACAUGAUAGUGAACAGCCACCCGAGUGUGGACAGCAUCAGCGUGGUGAGAUGCGAGUUUGAGAGCAAUCCUGCUCUUAAAUGUUUAGAUUAAAACACUCAAAAGGGCAUUUAAGAAGAUGUUUAUGACUAUGGCAGAGACAUUAUAAAUAGCCGUGUACUUUAUGUAUGCAAGAACUCGAGCUCUCUUGAGACUUUUAACUGCUGCUGCUCUCAAGUAGUCUCUUUUUAACAGCCUCCAUAGAUUCAUUAACGUUCUUCGGCUAAUUUAAUUAUUGCAGACAUUAUUAUGCACUGCUCAAGAGUGUCUGUGCAUUAAGUACUUACAUGCUUUAAUCAUGCAUGCAUGUUAUAACCUAUUUUUAUAAGCUUUUUUUUUUUUUUUUGGAGCAAAGUCAAAUGUUAGUGAUUUGUAUGCAUUAAAAUACAGUUUUGUAUAUCUAUGCAUAUCUAUAAUGUAAAUAGUUUGUAUUCUGCACUCUUUCAUAAACAGAUAUACUGAAACAACUCAAGGCAUUUGUGUGAAAGAGUUAAAUAUAUGAAUAAAGACCUUGUGUAUGCUUAAAGCAUUCUCUGUAUAAGAAAUAAAACUUGAUAUCAGUGUUUUGUUUUUAUAUGCAUGAUUUAUUCUUUAAAAAAAUUAAAUGUAUAGUCCUCUUCAUCAACAACCAACAUACAAACAAGCACACGACGCAUGUUGUGGAAAGAAGGUUGAUUAUGAGUCAUGUGUGCUCAGCUGCGUCAUGUACACAAACACAGAGCUGUGCAAACUAACGAGGGCUCGUUCACACCAGAUGCGUUCCUGCACUCAAACACAGAUGGAGUGUGACUUAUAGAAACAAACGCAGGAGUUCGGAAACACUUUAAACUUAAUGACACAGAUUUGUGAGGAACAGCCUGUCGUUAUUCAAUUCCCUUCCACAAAUCUCAUUUCUAUUUUCAAACUUGCACUCUGAAGUUUGGUUUUGACAAAAUUAAAUAAAUUUGUGUCUGUUCCUCACAAAAAGACUUCAAAAGUCUUUGAAUAAUUAGUCAUUUGAACUGUUGUGUUUUGUUUUUGUUUUUUGUCGUGUCCUCUACACUGAAAAGUUGUUAAUAAAACAAAAGAUUAUUGAAGUGUUCUGCGAGAAAAUAAUAUUUCAGUUUUUAUAUUUUAAAAGUUCAUA